AAAGAAAUGGACUGCGGAAAGCACAAGCACCAAGGCUACAGAGGAGUAUGCGCAUCUUGCUUAAGGGAAAGACUCUCUUUACUACCCAACACGACGCCGUACUACACCAUAAACCUAUCUAACUCCUCAACCACCACCACCACCGUUUCGUCUUCUUCACCGGUUAAGAAAUACCACCGACGGUCCGGUUCGAUGACGAUGACGUUCGCUGUGAGGGAAGCGUUGAGUGGUAAGCUGGUCGGAGGUUUAGGUGGAGGGCUGAAGAAAAGCAAGUCUAUGGCUCAUGUUCCGAGGGAUGAUUCUUUUGUGGUUAGUGAUUGUAGUAGGAGGAAGAAGACGACGACGGAGAAGGUGAAAUCCACGACGGCUAAGGUGAGUGGGUUUUGGAGGAAGUUGUUUGGUUGGAAAGGGAAAGGUGGUGGUUCUGAUGUCGGAGGAGGAUUGGUUGCUUCACGGCAAAGAGUGUAUUAGGUUUUGUUUUUAUUAUCUUUGUUGUUGUUAUGUGUACAUAUUAGAAAAAAAUCUAGUGGAGCAGAAAAUAAUAUGAAAAAUUAUUAGUGUUCUAAAAUUCGAUUUCGACCGUGACACAUCUAAACGAAUGAAUGUUUUUAAAACAUUUUUUUUUAAAAAAAAUUGGUUUAACCAGUCAAAGAUCGUUAAAGAAAUAAAAAAUCAGUCAAAGAUCUGUGUAGCAUCUAUCUAACAAUAAUUUCAUGUAAAUUGCAUAUCUAUUUUUUUG